GAGAGAGAGAGAGAGAGGAGCUACAACUCUAGCGAGGAACCAUACUGAUUAUAAUCCGGAGUACUGUGAGCAACUCUUCCUCUCCAUCGGAACAAGACAGUAUCCAAAGGGACUGCAAAGCUGUGUGGCCAGCACCGUCUGUAAAAGUUGAACUUAACUUGGAUCAACACUCAUUAACAGCUGGGCUGCUACUGUCAGACCUGGGUUGGAGGACAAUCAACUGCAACUGCUGCUGCCGCUGAUGGUGUGUUUCGUGUUGUGUGGACUUUCUCACGUUGCGGUAGAGACACACACGCGCACACACACUGGAGCUUGCAUGCCCUGUAAUCUCCCCUCCCUCACUCCUCCACCUCUCUCACACACAUACACACACACACUCAAAGGGAGAGGCAGUGUGUGUGAGUGGCGGAUCCUGUCGUGUGGAGCGUACUGAAGAGAGGAGUCUAGAGGAGCGGGAGCGGCAGACUCUACCAUGCCCGUACAGGGAGGAAGGCUGCAGUGCUGUGUGUCUCUCUGUCUCUGGAGUCGGAGUCCUCUGCUGCUGCUUGGACUGUUCUCUCUUCACACACAAGCACAUGGGAAUAUAUUGGACAGCAUGCUGCUGAGAGCAUCCAGCAAGGAGGCAGUAGAGAGUGGGAAGGAGGCAAGUGGCAGCACAGCUCCUGCUUCAUCCUCCCAGAGACUACUAUGGUGUCACUGUUAUCACCACUGUCCUGAUGAUUCUACCAAUAACACAUGCAGGACGGAUGGUUACUGUUUCACCAUGGUGGAGGAGGAGGGAGGGGUACCGGUGCUGACUGCAGGUUGCCUCGGGCUGGUGGGGUCAGAAUUUCAGUGUAGGGACACAGGAAACUCGCGUCAAAGGCGAUCUCUGGAGUGCUGCACAGACCAGGAUUACUGUAACAAAAACCUGCACCCCACACUGCCACCGCUCAAGCCACCUCUCUAUGUCGAUGGAAAGAUCCACCACAUGGCCUUGCUGAUCUCAGUCACUGUGUGCAGCAUUAUCCUAGCUGUUAUCAUUGUCUUCUGCUACUUCAGGUAUAAGCGGCAGGAGUCCCGUCCUCGAUACAGCAUUGGUCUUGAGCAGGAUGAUACCUACAUUCCCCCUGGAGAGUCUCUGAAGGACCUGAUAGAGCAGUCACAGAGCUCUGGCUCAGGCUCAGGGCUCCCUCUGUUGGUGCAGAGAACAAUAGCCAAGCAGAUCCAGAUGGUGAAGCAGAUAGGCAAGGGGAGGUAUGGAGAGGUGUGGAUGGGCAGAUGGAGGGGAGAAAAGGUGGCUGUUAAAGUUUUCUUCACCACUGAAGAGGCCAGUUGGUUCAGAGAGACUGAGAUUUACCAGACGGUCCUUAUGAGACAUGAGAACAUACUGGGUUUCAUAGCUGCUGAUAUCAAAGGAACUGGCUCCUGGACUCAGCUCUACCUGAUCACAGACUACCAUGAAAACGGCUCUUUGUAUGACUACCUCAAAUCUACCACUCUGGACAAUAAAGCCAUGCUGCGACUGGCCUACUCCUCCGUGUCAGGCCUUUGUCACCUCCACACUGAGAUCUUUGGCACCCAGGGGAAACCCGCCAUCGCCCACAGGGAUCUGAAGAGUAAGAACAUACUGGUGAAAAGAAACGGGACCUGCUGUAUAGCGGACCUGGGACUCGCUGUUAAGUUUAUCAGUGACACCAAUGAGGUAGACAUCCCUCCCAACACCAGAGUGGGUACAAAGCGCUACAUGCCUCCAGAGGUUCUGGACGAGACUUUGAACAGAAGUCACUUUCAGUCGUACAUCAUGGCGGACAUGUACAGCUUCGGGCUCAUUCUCUGGGAAAUUGCUCGACGUUGUGUCUCAGGAGGGAUCCUUGAGGAGUACCAGUUGCCGUACCAUGAAUUAGUUCCUACAGACCCGUCAUACGAAGACAUGAGAGAGGUAGUCUGCAUCAAGAGACUAAGACCAUCCUUUCCCAAUCGAUGGACCAGCGAUGAGUGCUUAAGACAGAUGGGGAAACUGAUGACAGAGUGCUGGGCCCACAGCCCGGCCUGCCGCCUCACAGCCCUACGAGUCAAAAAGACACUUGCCAAGAUGUCAGAAUCACAGGACAUCAAGUUGUGAGCAGCUACUGCCAGGUGUGUGUUUCCACACACAGAAAGGGCAUUAACUAUCACACUGGUUCUGGUUAAGGCUGUACAAUCCUAUUUUCCUGAGGAGACACAGGGAGCAAGAUCAUCACUCGGAGAUCAGGGGAUCACAAACUUUGAGUCCAGAUGCCCGGAACUCUGCAAUCCAAACCCCUCCUUGAAAAAUAUGGAGCGGGACCAAGAAGGUAUACUAAAACUAAAAUAAAUAAUAAAUCAAGGCUAGUACAAGGACUAUAAAACAGCUUCCUGCUCCUGCUGGAGAAAGAGAUUGAAAUUGGCCCUGUAGCUGCACCGAUACAUAAACAAGCUACUGACCAGUGAGUGGAAUAAUACGACUGCUUUCUGUGAAAGCUACCUUACCUGUAGAUGAAGAUCCGAUUGUUAGAAAGGAUGUGCUUUAUUGCAGCAUGACACCUCCUCUCAAAACACUGUCACUCCACUACUGCCUGUAUGUUGUAAUUGGAUUGAACACAUUUUUGUCACUCUUAAAUUGACUGUUUUUGGUUCCAAUGACUGACACUAUGUGACAGAAAUAAAGUGUUUUUUUGAUGCUUUAAAAGUUCUGUUUUUGCUGGUAACGUUUGUAGACACUGAAGAAGAAGAGGUACAGUAUUUCUGUAUUUUUGAGUUUGGGUCAUUUCAGAAAGUUGCUAACAGGAUUUUUUUUUUCAUGUAAAACUCAAACUCUUUAAUACUAUAUGUUGAAAAAUAAAAGUUAUAUGUCCAAACUUC